AUGAAUUUUGUUAACAAUAUGUCCACGUGCCCUUACAUUUGUCCAUCUUAUGGUAAUAAUUUAAAUGCUGAAGUCGAUAGAAAAAUUGAUAAAUUGAAAGAAACUGGCAAGUCAGCAUGUACACCUUAUGUUCCCGGUUGUGUGCAACCACCUCAACCAAAAGUGUAUCCCCCUGAUGCUCCUCCACGUUAUCUUCCUCAACCAACUGACACAAUAAGUGGAGAUUUUCUUGGUAUGGGCACCAUAGAUCCUUGGGCAGCUGGGCAUUUGGACUGGACACCUCAAGCGGGCAUAACCGGUGUGAGACCAGUUGUCGACAAAUAUUCUAUCACAAGGUAUAGUACUGGACAAUGGCGAAAAAAUAACGAAUAUAUUCUAACUCCUAGAGCAGUAAACAAAGCGAAAAUUUUUGAAACAGAAUCUAAGAGAGAUAUUGCUAAUGCUUUUACCAAUAUGGAUGAUAAACUAGAUGAAUCAAAUAAACAAUUAGAUAAAAGAGUUGAAGAUCUAAAUUAUUGGAAAAAACAGGUCGAAAAGUCACUUAAAGCUAUUACAGAUGAAAUUAAUGCUUUGGAUCAGGAUAGAGCUCGUUUAAAAGGUGCGUGUCGGAUUUUAAUGUUACCCGAAGCUAUUUCCAGGGAGUGUUUGGAAUUACGCACUCAAAGAUACGAACCUGAUUUAGUAAGAGAUGACGCUGAACAGGAAUUAAUUAGAGAAGUUGCAAUUGUUGGAGAAAUAAGAAGAGUUUUUAUGAAUACUUUAUCAAAAGUAGAAGAGCAAAUGGCAAUGAAUAGGGCCGCUAAGGCAGCAAUUGAGGGUGAUUGGAGCGACAAAUUAACAAGUUUAAGACUCGACAGACAGAAUUUAAAGUUGACACCAGAUUCCAACUUACUAUUCUUUCAUCCUGGUGUUGCAAGAUGGCCCGAAAAUGCUACUUCGUUGGAGUAUUGGAAGCAUUACUGUGUUGAAAGUAUCAGAAACUGUGAAGAAGUUAGAAAAAAGUCUGAAGAUCUGCGAAAUGACUUGAUGACUGCUAUAAUAAAAGGCAGUCAGGAUAUGAAGUUACAGGCAGACAGAACCAACGUUGCAUUAGCAGAUACUAUAACUGCGACAGAGGAAAUGUGCGAAAAGCUUGAAGAGAACCUUAAAGAAAAUUUACAAACAACUGCAGACUUAGAAAAGCUAAUCGAUUACUUGAAAGACUCUUUAAGGAAAAUUGAUGAGAGAAAUAAACUCGUUAUGACAAGAUUACAAGCAAGAAAUUAUAGUCGACCUAACGUAGAAAAUUGUAGAGAUGAAGCACAGUAUGCAUUGAUGGCAGAAGCUAAAUUUGUCAAAGAGACUUCUCAGGCAUUUUAUGACAAGCUAAGAGAAGCUGAAGCUGUGAGAUCAGACCUGAUGAAAUACAGAGGAGAUUUGGAGAAGGAUAUAGCAUGUAAACGGAAGAGUUUGAAUAUAGACAAGGAUAGAUGUAGUCGGGUUCGUGCACACAUGCCUACACCAGAGGAAUUUGCUUCUGGAUAA